UGGGUACACAGUACCACACAGGACACCGGCUUGUCGCCUACCUUCCUUGUCGCCUUCCUUCCUUGUCACCAUGGCACACUGUGACUCCGGGCAGCUCCCGGUGCAAACCGCAGACUCGGAUUCAGAUUCGGAUACCGAGAGGCUUCCCCCCCGGCAGCAGGUUAUCCACAGCGGACACUUCAUGGUCUCCUCGCCCCACGGCGAUGACAGGCACAGGGGGAAUGAGCCGGAGCUCUCUGGAACUCACCCAGCUGGGAGCAUUGAUCCCACACUGACACGGCUCUUCGAGUGCAUGAGCCUGGCAUACAGUGGCAAGCUGGUCUCCCCAAAAUGGAAGAAUUUUAAGGGCUUGAGACUGCUGUGGAGAGACAAAAUUCGCCUGAACAAUGCUAUCUGGAGAGCCUGGUACUUACAAUAUGUAGAGAAAAGGAAGACUUCAGUAUGUGGCUUUGUAACACCCCUUGAUGGAUUAGAGGGAGAUGAUCACAGGAAACCAGAGGCAGUAGUGUUAGAGGGAAACUACUGGAAACGCCGCAUUGAAGUAGUGAUGAAGGAGUAUCAUAAAUGGAGAAUUUACUACAAGAAACGUCUACGAAAACAUCAGCAGGGGGACAAACCUUUUCAAGAACAAAUGGGUGCCUCCUCCUGUAGAUGCAAUGACUUGUAUGCUGGAUGCUCCCUUUUAGAAGACGCAUGUAGGACAGAUGAGGAGAUGCUUUAUGACCUGGAUUAUUUCUUAUCUGAUAUCUCUGACACUUUGUUCACAAUGACACAUGGGCACCCCACGCAUCAUACAUACCCAGACUAUGAUUAUGCUGGGAAUGCAGACAUGAUCCAGCCAGAGUUAUCCACUCUACAACCUAAUCUGGAUGACUUCAUGGACAUAUCAGACUUCUUCAGUGGUCCCAGACCUGUUACUUCUCAGCAAAUGCAUCCAUGCUCACAAGAACAUAACUUUGCAAACUUUGGUCCAGAGACCGUUCCACAAACAUCCCCUGUUGUGAACAACCAUAGGAUCCCACAGUCCCCCAGCUGCUUUGGUUCACAAUCAGAAUCAUGUUUUUCCAGUUCAACUCUGUCAAAAGGUUUCGAAAGAACGACAGUGCCUUGUGUUUCUUCUUGUGCUGAACCCAAACAUCUACCCCAAUACCCCACAGCCAAUGAUGGCUUUACUACUGACUCUUUUCCUCAACCACCAACACUGCCCAUACAACGUAUCUGCCCAAACCUCCCUUUGCAGGAACAAGAUUUGUUCUUCCCACGUGUAUCCUGCCCCAAAUCUUCAUUUGCUUGUGUUGCUACAGACACUAACACUAUUAGUCAAGCUGCCUUGCCCUCCAUCCAUGCAGACGUCUACCCCCUGUUUUCAGAACCUCCUACACAUGUUGAGCCACCACCAAUAUUUCCUGUACCCAAACCACGGGGAAGAGUAGAAAGCAUCAAGCACAAGAGAUUGGCACCAGGCGGAACCAAAAAAGCUAUGUCCAUUCUUAACCAGUCACACUUUUCAGCUAAGCUUGACUCUGCCAGUCACUUGCCAUCUUGUGAGCCAGCUGGACCAAAUAACACCACAAUUACAGACAUAGAAGGAAGGUCUGAACCCAUCUCAUUCACCAGCAUUACAGCCCCUGCUCCAAACUCUCCUGUACCUCCGUCCACAUUUUGUGCACUUGGCUUUUCUCCACCUCCAAUAUUCCUCAGUCAAGUAUUUUGUGCCCAGGGUAGUAGUACUGGUGUUGGGACAUCUGCUUGCCCUCCUCUACUUCCCAAAACAGAAAGACUGUCCCCAACUUCACUCUGUGGAAAUGAUCGCAAGGAUUCCCUGCAUGUGCCAUGUAUUCUGACCUCUAGUUCCUGGAGAGGGUCUGAACACAAGAAAGUGGAAAGCCGACGUAUAACCCACAUAUCAGCUGAACAGAAGAGACGCUGCAACAUUAAGAUAGGUUUCGACACCCUCCAAAACCUAGUCACUUCAUUACAUAGCCAACACAGCAACAAGCUCAGCAAGGCAACAACCCUACAGAAGACAGCAGAUUACAUCUACAAGCUACAGCAGGAGAGAGCUCAACUGCAAGAAGAAGCCCAAAGACUGCGCUGCCAGAUACAGGAACUAAAUGACAGCAUCAACCUGUGCCAGCAGCAACUUCCAGCCUCUGGUGUACCUAUUACACGACAGCGAUUCCAGCACAUGCGCCAGAUGUUUAAGAACUAUGUCCAGACACGAACUUUGCAAAACUGGAAGUUCUGGCUUUUCAGCAUCAUUAUCCGUCCUCUCUUUGAGUCAUUUAAUGGGAUGGUUUCCACUUCAAGUAUGACAGAUCUGAGAGAAACCUCUUUAGACUGGCUUGAUCAGCACUGCUCUUUACCAGCCCUGCGACCCACGGUUUUAAGUUCACUUUGUCAGCUCAGUACUUCAACAUCUAUCCUCACAGACCCAACACUAAUGCCAGAACAAGCGGUACAAGCAGUGACCAGAGCAGAAAAUGAGGACAAUUUUUUCUAGCCAAGACAAAAUCAAAGACUUUUUUUCUGGAAUCAAUAAAUUAAUAUCAAUAAUCAAUAAAUUAAUAAAAAAAUCUUUAAUGAAAGACUCUUAUCUGGGACUGUGCUACAUAAUUGGGAAACUAAUUCCUAAGUGUUAUAUAAUCAGAACUGCCAAAAUAUUUAACGCACCAAACCUUCUAAACUCUUAUGGCCAGUGUUUCUGGCAAGGAAAUGAUUACCAUUAUUGAGCCUUAAUUUAAUCCUUGUUAAUGUGGGUUUGUUAUUUUGUAAAAGUACACACUUGUUUAUUGUUUUGUUUGCAUAUGAAGAUAUUACUAACAUACCUAAUAUGUAUUAUGCAAAGAAUUAGAAAAAAGAUGUUGAUCUAGAUCCUAUGCGGACUACAUUGUGUCAAACUAGUCCUCAACUUUUUUUUUUUUAAUUUGAAGGUUGGGGGCUAUGGGACAUUAUUUUCAGUGUAGAUUGUGUAGCAAUGAAUGGGAUGUAUGGGGGGAAUAUGUGAUGGGGGAGGGGAUUUUGUAGAGAGGUUUAUUGACAGGAGAAAUCAUGUGGGUAUCGUGAAGAGGAGAUUUUCUAAAGAUAAGGCUCAUGUUGUUUAGAAUUAGGGGGAGUUAUGGAGGAUUGUAAUUCUAAUAGUAAUGGUGGGAUGGGUGAAUAUUGCAUUAUGUUUUUUGCAGUAGAGGAAGUUACUUUUGGGAUUAACAUCAGUAGGGGAGAUCUGUGUGGCAGUGUUAAGGAUUAUUUGAGGUCAGUGUUGGUAAAAGUUAUUGGCAUUUGAGGGUUGUUUAUUUAUUGGGUGAGAGGAGGUUAUCGUUAAACUAUAGCGGAGUAUUAUCUCAAUGAUAGGGAUAAUUUCUUUCUAAUCCUGUUUAUUCUACCUAAAAGUAGUUUUAUGACAGCUAAAAGUAGUCAGAAAAAGGGUCUGCAGGGACACAGAGGGAAAGUAAUAGAAUGCCAUCACUGAUAUGUUCUAGUGGCUCCCACAGAGAGUAAUAGCUCAUGCUAUAAAUUGGAAGCUGCCACAGUUCUUGACCCAUUCAUCUUUUGUGUGGCUCAAGUGUUAUGUCUGAUCUGCUGAGGCUUAAUCUAGACAAUAUUUGACAAGGAAAAUACAUUUAAUAUUAAGCUGCAUUAUAGAAAGUGAAUACAUUUGUGUAAAUGUAUUUUAAAAAUGUAUAGAAUUAAGUAAAUUACAUUAUUUUAUCUAUCUAUCUUCUAGGGCCUUUCUCCACUAAAAACUCAGUGCUGCUUUUGUUCAAAUAUUUUGUGGCAACUGUAUUACUUUAUUAUUAUAUCUUAAACUAGACAUUAAUAUAACUGGUCAUUUAAAGGGACAUGAAACCCACAUUUUUUCUUUGAUGACUUAGAAAGAGCAUGCAAUUUUUAACAACUUUCUAAUUUACUUAUAUUAUCUAAUCUGCUUCAUUCUCUUGAUAUACUUUGUUGAAAAGCAUAUCUAGAUAGGCUCAGUAGCUGCUGAUUGGUUGCUGUACAUAGAUGCCUCAUGUGAUUAGCUCACCUAUGUGCAUUGCUAUUUCUUCAACAAAGGAUAUCUAAAGAAUGAAGCAAAUUAGAUAAUAGAAGUAAAUUGUAUUCUCUACUUGAAUCAUGAAAGAAAAAUGUUGGGUUUAGUGUCCCUUUAAAUUCAAUAAGAAUAAAAAAAUGGCAUACAACUGGAAGCAGGGUAAAAUAAAAAGAACUUUUUUUAAAUUUAAAUAAAAAUUUUAUUUGUUGGAUUACAUCCACAUAUCAAACUAUAUUGCCUAUUAGUUUUAAUAUCAGUGACUUUUUAUACCAAAAUAUUUUUAAGAUUUUAAAAUAAUACUCUUUGAUAGCUUCAUAUUGUAAAACUAUUUUGUAGAAAAGCAUCAUCUUUAAAAGUUGAAGAACCACUACUAAAAAAGCAGUUAGUCUUAGUGUUCAUAUUUGAAAAAAAGUUACAGUCUUUUUUUAUCUUACAAUCAGAUGUAGCUAGUUAUUUUAAGUUAAAUAAACGUCUCCCUUGUAAUUUGUAUUACGUAAAAUAAAUAGUAAUUUGUUACAGUCCAAAUGUGAAAUUGCACCAUUAAUAUUGACUCUUUAACACAGAAAACCUAACAAAAAAUACAUAUAUUUCUAGUGGAUGUUGCUAGUGCAUUUAGAGACCUUAUGGAUAGGAAAGUGGAGACAAGUUAAAAAAUAACCAUUUCUUGAUAGUUGUGUCCUCUAUAACUUACAAAGACAUUACAAUAUAGUUUAUUUGUCAUUUCUGAUUUGUAUCUAUUUUAUAAUAUUAUUUGUUGUAUAUUUUAUGUUGUAUGGUAGCUGCCUUCUUUUAUCUUUCUCUAUUUUCUGUGUCUUUUUUAUUUGUUUGUAAAACAGAGUUUUAUUGUUUAAAUAUUAGCAAAUAUCAGUAAAUAAGUAUGAAUGUUGCCAUAUGCAAUAUGUGUUUCCUGUAAAUUUUAAUUUAAAUAAAAGGAUUAAUUAAUGUAUUAAAAAAUAAAAACUGUGGUUUAACUACUGUCAUUUUAUAAAGGCUAGAAAUAUAGUAAAUGUUCUAGAAUAUAAUCUAGAUAUGUUCAUGCAUUUCUGUCUGAGCAUUUAAAAUUUUCUGGUUUAAUUUUAAAGACAAAAAUAUUUAUGACAGGCUAAAUUCUAACUGAUAAUAAACAAGUAAAUAAUACAGCUGAA